AUGUCGUCGCUGGGUGGUCAGCAGCAGCAGCACGGGCACGGCGAGGCCAGGGCGCGGCUCAGGUGGACGCGCCAGCUGCACGACCGCUUCGUGCUCGCCGUGGCCCAGCUCGGCGGCGCAGACAAGGCGACACCCAAGUCCGUGCUGAGGGAGAUGGCCGUGCCGGGGCUCACGCUGCACCACCUCAAGAGCCACCUCCAGAAGUACAGGCUGGCGGUGAGCCGAGGCCUCGCCUCCCCGCUCGGCGACAACGGAGAUGGCACCAACGAGCGGUCGUCCUCCUCGGAGAGCCAGCCGGACGAGUACGACGACGAUACCGUCGCCGAGCUGCAUGGUGCUUCUUCCAGGAGCAUGGCGCGGAUGCAGAGGGAGGUGCAGAGGAAGCUGCAGGAGCAGAUCGAGGUGCAGCGGCACCUACAGCUGAGGAUCGAGGCGCAGGGGAGGUACCUGCAGUCCGUGCUGCGCCGGGCGCAGGAGAUCCUCGCCAACGACCACAGCCUGGGCUCGCCGGCCGGCGCGGAGGCCGCCAAGGCAGAGCUCUCGGAGCUGGCCUCCACGGUGGAGACGGCCGGAUGCCUGUCCUCCUCCUGCUCCUGUUGCUGCUGCUCCCCCUCGCCGUCCCCGACGCGCCACCUCUCCUCCGACAGCUGCGUCACGUCCUCCUCCUCGGAGGCCGCCGGCGCCAAGUGGCUCCAGCUCCACACGUGCGCUGGUACGCGCGACUGCUCCGACGUCGAGCAGCCGGUGCUGCAGGGCGAGAGUACAUUCCUGCAGAGCCUCGCAGCAGAGGACGAGGACGGCACUUCAUCAGAGAUUGAUCUCAACAGGUAG